AUGAGCAAAAACAGUUCGUCUAAUCAAGUUACUAAAACUAAAAAAUGUUCUACCUGUCACAACUUCAAGAAAAAACAAGACUUCUGCCGACUUCAUGAUAGUAAUCCACAAUAUGAGCAUGAUACUUGUAAUAGAUUUUCUGCAAGACGUGCUAAAAAAAGACAGGAAGCAAAUCCCAAAAAGAGAAGUAAACUUACUACUGACCUUGAAAUAGUAGUUCUAACCAUUAGCACUUCAACUUUCAGGACUAAUGUCACAGAUUUUCUUCAAGUUGAUAACAUCUUUGAAGAUCAUGAUAAUCUUGAACUAGCAUUAGAAUCUAGCAUCUUCGAUGAUGAAUCUACGAAUAUGAUUGAAGUGCAUGAUAGUAGUGAUGAAUAUGAUAAAAAAGAGAAUAUGCUUUCAUAUUGUAUAGACGAAGUAGAGAGAUUUAUUGCCACACAAUUUCAAAAUGCUGAAUCACUUGGAGAGCCCACAAGAUUUGCAUUAGAGAUCAAAUUGGAUUCUGAGAUUUUAGAAGUAAUUAAAAUUGAUUGGGAGCUUGAAACUGGCCCAAUAAACUUGGAAAAGACCAAAAACAGUUUUGCGCAACUUAUCAAAAUACUUAUUUUACCGUUAAAAUCUGAAUCUAGAUAUUAUUGA